AUGGAGUGGGAGCCGUCGACGGCUGGUGGGGUUUGCCGCCCCGUUGUGCACAGCUCCGCGCUGUGUGGCCAGCUGGAUGGCGGCGAGGAGCGCUACGUGUUGCACGCGGCCUGCUGCGGGGAUGCCGCCAUCGCGGCGGUGGCGCUUUCGGACGGGUGCAUCAAGGUGUUCGGGAUCGGAGACGGGCGGCUGGCGCACCUGACCGACAUGCACGGGCACGGCGCCGCGGUCGCGGGGAUCUGCUUUCGGGUGCCCGGGGCCGUGGCGCCGCUGCAUUCGUGCGCGGCGGACGGGACGGUCAGGGCGUGGGACAUGAGGACGGGAAAGGAGGAGCAGAGGUAUUGCGUCAUGGGCGAGGAACUCACUUGUGUGAGUGCAUGUGGUCCGCUCGUGGCAGCAGGAGGAGAGGAAGGAAAUGUGCACUUUUGGGACAAUCGGAAUCCUGGCAAGUUUUUGGCCAAAUUUGAAGACACGCAUGCCACAACUGUUACCCAGGUUCAGUUUCAUGCCAGCCAUGCGCACAAGUUCUUUACAGCAUCUGAAGAUGGAUUGCUUUGUGUGUUUGACCUUGCCAAUGGACUUUCUGAGGACGAUGGUUUUCAGGCAGCUCAAAACCUGGCAGCCAUUGCUGAGUUUGGGUUUUAUGGAAUGGGUGGCGGCCAAUUGUGGUCCCGCUCAUGUGGUGAAGGCUUUGUUUUGUGGGACUGGGAGGCGGCUGUGAAGGACGACAUGGAGGCUGACGGGGGUGGGCUGAUCGCUGCAUUGCAUGAUGCGAGGACAGCAUUGCAGGCAGUGCCUCUGGCGCAGAUUGAUUAUCUGAUUGGUUGCCACUGCACUCCUGGCGGCCACUUGUCCCUCUUUGCUGGCAGCAAUGGUGGGACAGUGACUACUUUUCCAGUGCGGGAACCAGGGCCUGAUGGUUGCAUUUUUGAGCCCUCCUCAACCAUUUUUGCUGGAGGGCACUCUUCGAUCGUGCGUUGCAUUGAUGUGGUAGACUUUGACCAGAGGAUUUGCAUCAGUGGUGCUGAAGAUGGGAGGAUCUGCUUGUGGCGGCUUGAUGCACAGUCUGAAGAUUCAGGAUUGAGCAGAAUGUUGAGAACACCACAAACUAACGCCAGAGUUUCUCCAUAUUGA